AUGGCCAAGGCCAUGACCAAAAUAGCAAAGGCCAAAGACCAAGAUGGCAAAGGCCAAAGACUGAGACUGCAACGGCCAAAGACCAAGAUGUUGUCACCAGACCUCCAGAGGUUUGAGCAGAGAGGGCACAUUGGGGUUACAGAGCCCAACGCUGAAGACCCCAAAACAGACGAUCACACCGACGGAGAGUCUGGAAGCUUCAAGCUCAGCAGCUCCUCAGAAACUGGAAACUCGCCUGACGACAACUCGCUCCAGCUUCAAUCUGCCGUCAGAGAUGAUGAUGAUGAUGAUGACGGAGAGAAGAAGAGUCAGAAUGGAGAGAGCUGCGAGAGCGAUGAAGAGGGUCACCUGGUUUAUCACGCCGGCCUCCUGAUGAAAGGAAGAUAUGAGGUGGUAUUAACUUUGGGAGUAGGAGCCUUUGGAAAAGUGGUGGAAUGCAUUGAUAGAGACAAAGAGGAACGUGUCGCCGUGAAGAUCGUGAGGAACAUCGAGUGUUUCCGUGAGGUGGCGAGGUCUGAGAUCGCCGUUCUGGAGGAGAUCAACAUGCUGGAUGACGACAACCUAUUUGCCUGUGUGCGGAUGCUGGACUGGUUCGACCACGAGGGCCACACCUGCAUCGUGUUGGAGCUGCUCGGCCUCAGCACCUUUGACUUCCUGCGGCUGAACCGGUUCCUGCCGUUCGGCGUGGAGCAGAUCCGACACAUGGCCUUCCAGAUCUUCAGAGCCGUCUGCUUCCUGCAUCGUAACAAGUUGACCCACACGGACCUGAAGCCGGAGAACAUCCUGUUCGUCUGCUCUGACUAUGACCUGGAGUACAACCACCAGACGAAGUGUGAGGAGAGGAAGCUGAGGAGCUUUGAUGUGAAGGUGGUGGAUUUUGGCACCGCCACAUUCGACCAUGAACACCACGAAUCCCUGGUGUCAACACGCCACUACCGAGCUCCAGAGGUCAUACUAGAUCUGGGCUGGAACCAGUCGUGUGACGUUUGGAGUCUGGGCUGCGUUCUGAUGGAGUUUUACCUGGGACACACACUCUUCCAGACCCACGACAGUAAAGAACAUCUGGCCAUGAUGGAGAGAAUCCUGGGACCGAUUCCUCCUCACCUGCUGAAACAGACCAGAAAGCAGCAUUACGUGCACAACGAGCGUCUGAUCCGGGACGAGCAGAUCUCCUCUGACGAUUACAUCACGAAACACUACAAACCUCUGAAGCAGUACAUGCAGAGGAGGAGCGAGGAGGAGGAGCAGCUGUUCGACCUGCUCGGCUGCAUGAUGGAGUACGACGUCUGCAGACGGAUCACGCUGGAGGAGGCGCUGUGGCACCCGUUCUUCAGCCCGCUGAGGACGAAGAAGCAGCGCAACCCAGAUCCAGGAGAGACCCUGCCGUGGACAGAACCAGAUCCAGCAGAGAACCAGUCUGCCGUAGACGGAACCAGAUCCAGCAGAGAACCAGUCUGCCGUAGACGGAACCAGAUCCAGCAGCUCCUCCUCCUCCUGCUGUAG